GCGCACACUGACGCAGACCUUGGAGCCAAACGGAUAGCUAGGAAGCUAGCUUUAGAGUUUCGUCCGACAAACGUCAACAACCAAAAUGACAUCUUUAAAAGAUACGUUAAUUUGCCUGUCUUCGUAUAUAGUCUAAAUAGUUUAGGCAUCGUAGCUUGCCUAAUAUGGCAGCAUUGCUUUUGCAACGUCGUGCUGGUUCUUGUCGGAAUUACAAGACCGCAAUAUUGACAUUACCAGGACGAUUUAACAGUCUAUCGACAAUAUCUGUUAAUAGCCUUGCAAAUCGGAACGGUGCAAAGUUAUUGGAGUCCGCAUGUCUCAACUGUAAACUGUUAUUACGUGACGGCCCAUUGCGAUCAUUUGCAAGUCAUUCACACAAUGGUCUCAACUCUAAGCUCAUUCUGCCAUUUCUGCACAAACCCUUAAAUCCCAGACUGGUUGGACUAAGUCAAGUGUUGAUCAAGAAUAACUUGAUUAAAAAUCCUUUUGGACUGUGGAAUCUGUUUGGAGCCACACAUUACUUUAGUACAUCUCAGUCCAAACAGGAGAAAAAAAAGCCAGAUGGAUCAAAGGGAAAAACACCAGAAGAAGAUGAAGAGGAGAAGAAGCGUCGAGAGCAGGAGGACCAGAUGUACCGGGAGCGCCUGCGUACCCUCUUUAUCAUCGCCCUCAUCAUGAGCCUGCUCAACUCCAUCAACACCAGUGGCGGCAACAUCUCCUGGAACGACUUUGUCAACGAGAUGCUGGCCAAGGGAGAAGUGUCGCGCGUGCAGGUGGUCCCAGAGAGUGACAUUGUGGAGAUCUACCUUCACCCGGGGGCGGUCAUCUUUGGACGGCCGAGGCUGGCUCUGAUGUAUCGCAUGCAAGUGGCGAACAUCGACAAGUUUGAGGAGAAGCUGAGAGCCGCAGAGGAAGAGCUUAACAUCAACAGCAAAGAUAGAAUACCCGUCUCCUACAAACGCACCGGUUUCUUUGGAAACGCUCUCUAUGCCCUAGGGAUGGCUGCCAUCGGAGUGGCAAUCCUCUGGUACAUCUUUCGUCUGGCUGGCAUGGGGGGCAGAGAAGGGGGCUUCAGUGCUUUUAACCAACUGAAGAUGGCUAAGUUCACCAUAGUGGACAGUAAGUCAGGGAAGGGUGUGAGCUUCAAAGAUGUGGCAGGUAUGCAUGAAGCUAAAAUGGAGGUCAAGGAGUUUGUGGACUACCUCAAGAACCCAGACCGCUACCUCCUUUUGGGGGCCAAGGUUCCUAAAGGUUCCCUGCUGCUUGGGCCCCCCGGCUGUGGAAAGACCCUGCUGGCCAAGGCUGUGGCCACUGAGGCUCAGGUCCCCUUCCUGGCCAUGGCUGGCUCUGAGUUUGUGGAGGUCAUCGGAGGGCUAGGGGCUGCCAGGGUGAGGAGUCUGUUCAAGGAGGCACGUGCCAGGGCUCCCUGCAUCGUCUACAUAGACGAGAUUGAUGCCGUGGGGAAGAAACGCUCCAGUAACAUGUCUGGUUUCUCCAACACUGAGGAGGAGCAGACCCUCAACCAGCUCCUGGUGGAGAUGGACGGCAUGGGCACCACUGACCAUGUGAUCGUACUGGCCUCCACCAACCGGGCGGACAUCUUGGAUAAUGCCCUGAUGAGGCCUGGCAGGCUGGAUAGACACAUCUUUAUAGACCUUCCAACACUACAGGAGAGGAAGGAGAUAUAUGAGCAGCACCUGAAGAUCCUGAAGCUGACACAGCCUGCUAACUUCUACUCUCUACGCCUGGCCGAGCUCACACCAGGCUUCAGUGGGGCGGACAUAGCCAACAUCUGUAAUGAGGCUGCGCUACAUGCAGCCAGGGAGGGCUACAAGUCUAUUGACACCUUCAACUUUGAGUAUGCUGUGGAGAGGGUCAUAGCAGGGAGUGUGAAGAAGAGUAAGAUCUUGUCCAAAGAGGAGCAGAGGGUGGUAGCGUUUCAUGAGUCUGGCCACGCCCUGGUAGGAUGGCUGUUGGAACACACAGAGGCCGUCUUGAAGGUGUCUAUUGCCCCCCGCACCAACGCUGCACUCGGCUUUGCCCAGAUCCUGCCCAGGGACCAGUACCUGUUCACCAAGGAACAGCUGUUUGAGAGGAUGUGUAUGGCUCUGGGAGGCAGGGUCUCCGAGGCCAUCACCUUCAACAAGGUGACCACAGGGGCCCAGGAUGACCUGCGUAAGGUGACCCGUGUGGCCUACUCGAUGGUGAAGCAGUAUGGCAUGUCUCCUAAUGUGGGCCAGGUGUCCUUCCCAGAAACGGAGGAACAAGGAGCCAUCGGGCGAAGACCCUUCAGCCAGGGACUUCAGCAACAAAUGGACCACGAAGCCAAGAUCCUGAUUGCUCGGGCGUACAGAACCACAGAGAAGCUACUUAUAGACAACAGAGACAAGCUGAUCAUGUUGGCUAACGCACUGCUGGAGCGAGAGGUGGUGAACUAUGAGGACAUUGAGGCCCUGUUGGGCCCGCCCCCACACGGGCCUAAGAAGAUGAUUCUACCUCAGAGCUGGUUGGAGGCGGAGCGGGACAAACAGGACACUGGAGAAGAUGAACCACGCCCUCCUUCUCGGAAGGAACAGGAUGAGGAUAUCAACAUGCAGCCUGUGUGAAACAACUAUGCCAUGCAGCACUUUAGAGUACUGAACAAUGCUCUAGAUUACAACUGUGACACAUAUAUUUCCUAUCCCUAUCAUAUUGAUGAGAAGGCAUUUCAAUAAAGGGUUGUCUAGGACCUGUUGGAUAGCUUCUUAUCUACUGCCUUAGACAGAAUAGCAUGUCUGGAUAGUGUCUUACUCGCUUCAUUAGAGCUUGGAAAAGACACUUCUAUGAAUGCAUAUGAGUGGUGUGGAUCUUGGUAUGGUCUGGCUAUGCCUAGUUUCUUUUCAAGUGUGUAUUUGCUGUAGAAUAUUGCCUGUACAACGGGUAGUUCCGACCUUGAAUUCUGAUCGGUUGACAGCCGUGGUAUGUUGACAAUCAUGGGCUGAACCAUCAAUGUAAAGUAAAAAGUAUUUGUAAUGUUAAGAUCAGCAAUAUUUGAUGUAAGUUUUAGACUUCCAUGUUAUUGAGAUCCAUACAGAACAACAAAGUCAAAACAGUUGUAAAAGUUUAUUUAAUAGGUGAACAUUGAAUUUGACCUUUAAUACUAAAUAACUUAUUAAAUGCAUCAAAACUA